AUGCCAGCAGAUGAGGUACAAGAAACUCCACAGGAAGAAGUUCAGAUACAACCAGACAUGGAAGAAAUAGUUCAGCAACAACAGCUAGAAGAGCCUGAAGGAAACGAACAAGUCCUUCCUUUGGAAACUAACUUCACAGAACUAGAUGAAGAUUUGGAACAGCCGAAAAAUCUUGACCCUCAACAAGAGUAUGCGGAGAAUAUGGAAUCUUUCCAAGAGUCUAAAAAAAAUUCGGCUGACAUAGUAGAAGAAUAUCGAAAAAUGUUUGCCGACAUACAAAAGACUCCAACACCAGAUGAAAAUAUCCAGCAUAGAAUGGAAGAACUGAAAAAAAAUGUACACAAAUACAACAACCCUUUUUACUUACGAGCAUUUAACGUUCAAUCUUCGGAUGAACUCGGUGAAGAUAAAAGGUUAAAUUUCAAGAAAACAUAUAGAAAUGAAACAUUGUUUAAAGUUCAUUCAGAACCUAACCAAGAUGGAAACAAACCUACUUUUGUUUCUGCAGACGAUGGAACUACAAUGAGAUGGGGUCAUAAAGCUAACCCGGAUAGGUGGUUCAUAAACUUACAACCUCAAUUCCAAGAAGUUGUAGACGCAAUGGAAGUCAAUGGUGAACCAGAUAUAGCUGGUAUUUUAAGCGCGGCUUUAAUGCCAUUGAAAGAUAUGAAACAUGCAGAUAUUUUGGACCAGUAUGAAAUGAACAUGGCUGAUGGAAAUAUAACACCUGACGUUCUAGAACAUUUAUCUCAAAGAACUACACAGAACCAUAGAGAUGGUAUAUUUGGUGAAGAGUUUAGAAAGAAAGUUAGGGAGAGCGAAGGAAGAGAACCUAUUGUACAUGACCUUGCAAACGAAAGUUUACAAAAUGUCAUAAAAACUUACUUUGCAGACAAUGAACCGAGAAGGGAUGAAUAUUUAAGAAAACUCAAAUGGACAGUACCAAAUGAAAUGUUAGUAUUGAAAAACAUGUUCCUUGACAAAAUAAAACCAACUACAGAAAUAAACGACGCAAGACUGAAAGAUUGGGUAGAAGCUUUCCCAUUCACAAAAGAUAUAGUUGGUAACAUGGAAAGAAAACCAGAAUGGCUACAAAAACAUAUAUUUGGAAACGAGCAUAUUCCAUAUGGACAGGCACUGUUUGAAGAGCUUGAACCGGAAACUCAGGAAAGAGUCAUGCAAACAAUACGCGAAGACUCAAAUACAACUAUGACAAACUCUUUCUAG